UUCAUCCGACAGAUAGUUCUAAGUUGUUGCAAGCAGAGCUGUUAAUAAUUGAUGAAGCGGCAGCUAUACCAUUACCAUGUAUUAAAGCUAUGUUAGGGCCAUAUUUAAUUUUCUUAGCAUCUACAAUAAAUGGGUAUGAAGGAACUGGAAGAUCACUGUCUAUAAAACUACUGAAUCAAUUAAGGAAACAAACUUUAUCGGUAGGAUCAGUUGCAACAGGUGCAAUAUCUGGACGAAAAUUAUUUGAAGUUACUCUAGAAGAAUCAAUUCGGUACAAAAUUGAUGACCCUAUUGAAAAUUGGUUAACAAAGUUGCUUUGUUUGGAUUCAACAUUUGUAUUACCCAUUUUAUCUGGCUGUCCUCCUCCAGAUAAUUGUGAUUUAUAUUAUAUAAAUAGAAACACAUUGUUUAGCUACCAUAAAGCAUCAGAAGACUUUCUACAGAGAUUAGUUGCAUUAUAUGUAGCUUCACAUUAUAAGAAUUCCCCAAAUGACCUACAAAUGAUGUCAGAUGCUCCUGCUCAUCAUUUGUUUUGCCUUUUGGGACCAAUAAAUCCCAAUCAAAAGUCUCUUCCAGAAGUUUUAGUUAUGAUACAAGUAUGUCUUGAGGGUGGAAUUUCGGAGAGAUCAGUCAUUAAGGAAUUUUCUAAAAGUAAGAAGGCAUCUGGUGAUUUAAUACCUUGGACGAUUGGCCAACAGUAUCAGGAUACUAAUUUUCCAAAAUUAUGUGGUGCUAGAAUUGUUCGAAUUGCUACUCAUCCCGACCAUCAAGGU